AUGUCGAGUGACAACCAAAGUAUUCUUUGCAUCAGUUUUAACCAAGAUUAUUCCUGUUUUGCCCUCGGCACUACACGAGGGUUUUGUGUAUUUGGGAUUGAACAGACACGGCUUCGCGAGCGGUUCAAACGUAAUUUUAAUGGAGGGGUAGGAAUUAUAGAAUUGCUAUACAAGUCGAAUUUAGUUGCUUUGGUUGGUGGUGGACCACAACCGGUCUUCCCCCCUACAAAAUUAAUCAUUUGGGACGACUAUCAAAACAAAGGGAUUGCCGAGUUGGAGUAUGACUCUCCCGUCCGUGCUGCUCGUUUAAAACGUGAUAUAAUAGUAGUUGUAGUAGACACAAGUGUCUUUGUCUAUGACUUUAGAAACUUGAAUCUCCGCCAGACGUUUAAGACAUGUCCCAACCCAAGAGGACUCAUUGCUGUGUCUUCCUCAGACAAGAAAAUAAUUGCGUAUCCCUCCACCGAAGACGGUAAAGUCAUAGUCUCAAACUUAGAAACGGGGGCGUCCGCAUCUAUUGAAGCACACAAACACAUCAUUUCCGCAAUGAGUUUGUCGCCAGAAGCCAAUUUGUUGGUGACUGCAAGUUCGGAAGGGACUUUAUUCAGAGUUUGGGACACCGCUCGUGGCGAGAAGGUUGGCGAGUUCCGUCGUGGGAAAAAUGCUGCUGAGAUCUAUUCCAUUUCUUUCUCACAAGACGGCAAAUUUAUAGUUACUAAUAGUAACAGAGGAACUAUUCAUUUAUACACCCUCCAACAAGACGGCGAUGUUGCCAACAAAGAGUCAAAAUUCUCCAAAAUCGUCCCCGGCUUUUCUGGAGUCUAUGGAUGUUGUGAAUUCUCAAUUACACCAGAGGUCUAUACUUCCGUCUUCUUCGGGUGGCAAAAUUCGCCUUCGAUGAGUGUUAUGGCCAUCACUCAAGAAGGGUCUUUCAUGAAGUUUAACAUCACCACUGAUAAAGGAAAGAUGACAAUGGUUCAAGAUGAGUCUUCUCCCAUUCUUUGA